CAGAGGUUGCCUGAAGGGCUGCGGCGAGAUGGCGGCGAUCGGCUGUCUCCGCCUCCCUCGGCGCAGCGUCCUGGCCUGGCGGCCCGGGGCUGUGACAUCUGUUCACACUCAGCUGCUCCAUCAGACACCGGUGGCUGACCAUGCUGACAGCUCUCUCCAGGUCCAGCAGAAGAGCUCAGCUAUUGUCCAGAAGAAGUCCUAUGUCCCUGCUAGCAGGGGUGAAUACAUUGUCACCAAACUGGAUGACCUGAUCAACUGGGCACGAAGGAGCUCCCUGUGGCCCAUGACCUUCGGGCUGGCCUGCUGUGCUGUGGAGAUGAUGCACAUGGCAGCCCCCAGGUACGACAUGGACCGCUUCGGGGUGGUGUUCCGGGCCAGCCCCCGCCAGGCUGAUGUCAUGAUCGUGGCUGGCACCUUGACCAACAAAAUGGCUCCAGCUCUUCGGAAGGUCUAUGACCAGAUGCCGGAGCCUCGCUACGUCGUCUCCAUGGGCAGCUGUGCCAAUGGGGGAGGCUACUACCACUACUCCUACUCUGUGGUGAGAGGCUGUGACCGCAUCGUGCCCGUGGACAUCUACGUGCCAGGUUGCCCACCUACUGCUGAAGCUUUGCUGUAUGGAAUCCUGCAGCUGCAGAAGAAAAUCAAACGGGAGAAGAAGAUCCAGAUCUGGUACAGGAAGUAGCAGCCUCUUAUUUAUGCCCUUCCCACCUCCUGCCCACCCAGGGCACCUCCUGCCCACCCAGGGCACCUCCUGCCCACCCAGGGCACCUCCUCGCACUUGAACGCACAACGACCCCGAGAGUCUCACAGAGCCUUCCACCAAAGCUCUCCCUGGAGAAGCUGCUCCUCUGUCUUCGUCCCUCUUUAUCUAAAGGGGUUUUAACUCGUUUCAAAAGAGAAUUAAAAAAGCCAGGGUUGAGUGGG